AUGCCGAUGCGAUCAAAUGGUAGCAUGAUCAGCGAGGCCUCGGGACAAGCUUUACCUUUCAAACUCGCCAUCAGCAAUCUCCGUCCAGAUUUGUUCCGGGUAUCCGAACACGGCUUAGAUCUGGAUCGAGUUCGUCGAAAACGUUCGACUUCUGGCUGGUGGAAUCCCGCAAGACGAACGGAAGGAGACCGUGUACAGCACGACUUUCACGCCUCUGUAUCUGACCCCGUCGGAUCCGCAUCGUCGUCCGCAUCGGAAAGUAUCAAUUUCGCACGUGAUCCGUGGACUGGACCAUCCAUUCGCUUCCUCCGAACGGGAGCUUCUUAUUCCGGUGAGUGA